AUGCUAGUACCGCAUUUAAACAUACACAGGUUUAAGACGUCCGCUUUGCUCUUCGCAUCACCAACGCGAGAAUGGCAACAUCACGUAAACGAGAGUACUUCACCAAAGAAGAAAAUUGUAUUUCUAAAGACAUACAAGACAGCCAGUACAACGAUCACCUCGAUACUGGAACGGUAUGGACUCAGCCACAACCUGUCAUUUCUCCUACCAGCAUCGGGUCAUGCCUGGUUUUCAAGAACAGAACGCUUUAAUCGCGACAUGCCGAUACUCCCACCGAUGCCCAAUACGUCUUACAGUAUGCUAGUUGGCCACGUACCGUUCAAGAAAGACGCCUUGGAAGAACUCAUCCCCAACGCCACGUACGUCACGAUAAUACGGGAACCUGUAGCCACCUACGAGUCCAUUUUCGGUUUCUUCAAUAUAGCCCACAAAUUAGGCAUCCGACAAAGUAACAGCACUGACUCGCUAGGUGUGUUUUUGUUAGACCCUGAACAUUAUAUUGGACGCGCAAACGAUAAUUUCCAAAAAACACUGCUCAGAAAUCGACAGAUGUUUGAUAUUGGACUGGAUGUUAAAAACUAUGACAACCAAACUGUUAUCAGCGAUGUCAUCACCCGUGCCGCAACAGAGUUCGAUUUAGUGAUGAUUGCGGAGUAUUUUGACGAAUCGCUUCUUCUUCUGCGAAAACUUCUGUCCUGGGAGUUUGAAGAUAUUGUUUACUUGAGACAGAACGUCAGAAGUGACGCUUUACGUUACGAGAUCGAUGAUUGGAAGCGACAACAGAUACUAAAAUUGAACGCAGCCGACGUCAAACUUUAUCAAUACUUCAACAGAACUCUCUGGAAGACAAUCGAGACAUAUGGCGAGUCUUUUGCAGAUGAUCUGGCUCGUUUUCGCAGCAUGCUGUGGAAGAUUCAAUACGAGUGUUUGGAUGUCGGAAGAUUCGUUAUCACAUACAAAAACCGAAGAAAUGACACGCUGUUGAAAGACCACGCCCCCAGUUACUGCAGCGAUAUCAAUCAAUUUGAUCGAACCAAAAUCUUAUCUUCGAGGCAAAAACGUUCAAGACGUUCGUCUAAAAAAAGGAACUCAUCCCAAAAAAGAAUCGCGUUAUUGAGAAACUUUACUCACUAUAAACAAACGUAA